AUGGCAGAGCAGGGUCUUUUCUCGUCGGAGCUCAUCAGCCCCUCCGUCGCCUCGGCUCUCCCCGAAGGCUACACGGUCCGCGCGCUUCGCCAGUCCGACUACAGCGCCGGCUUCCUCGACUGCCUGCGCGUUCUGACCACCGUGGGCGAGAUCACCGAGGCGCAAUUCGCCGCGCGCUAUGAGGAGAUGAAGAAGAAGGAUGACAUCUACUAUAUCCUCGUCAUUGAGGAUGCCAGCAGCGGCAAGCCCGUUGUCGUGGGCACCGGCGCCCUGAUUGUCGAGCACAAAUUCAUUCACGCCCUGGGCAAAGUUGGUCACAUUGAGGAUAUUGCAGUUGCCAAGGACCAGCAGGGCAAGAAGCUGGGCCUGCGCCUGAUCCAGGCUCUGGACUUCAUCGCCGAGAAGGUCGGCUGCUACAAGACCAUCCUCGACUGCAGCGAGGCCAACGAGGGAUUCUACGUCAAGUGUGGCUUCCGGAGAGCCGGCCUGCAGAUGGCCCACUACCACGAGGGCGAGAAGAGUAAGACCCAAUGA